GUGCUCAUCUCUCUCUCUCUCUCUCUCUCUCUCUGAAUCAUAUAUUCCCUCUCUCUUGCUGUCUCUGUGUGAUAGUUAGCUCCACCAACAAUGGUGAAAAUGGGUGUUGAGUUCCUCGGAACAGUACUUGUGGUUUUGGCUUUGGCUUCCUCAUUGGCCUCUGCCGCAGACCCCAACCCCCUUCAGGAUUUCUGUGUUGCCAUUAACAACACCAAGGAUGCUGUGUUCGUCAAUGGUAAAUUCUGCAAAGACCCAAAACUAGCAGUGUCUGAUGAUUUUUUCGCAUCUGGAAUCCAAAUACCUCAAAAUGCCUUGAACCCACUGGGAUCAAAAGUCACCAUGUUCAACGUUGACACCAUCCCGGGGCUCAACACUCUAGGCGUCUCCAUCGCUCGUGUUGACUUUGCCCCUGGCGGUGUCAACCCACCGCACCUCCACCCCCGUGCAUCGGAGCUGCUGGUGGUGGAGGAGGGCACUUUGUACGCUGGUUUUGUCACCUCCAACCCUAGCAACCGCCUCUUCACCAAGAUCCUCCACAAGGGAGACGCCUUUGUGUUCCCGAUGGGUGCCAUUCACUUCCAGCUCAAUCUAGGCAAGACCAAUGCAGUGGCCAAGGCCAGCUUUGGUAGCCAGGAUGCGGGCGUGACCACCGUUGCUAAUGCUAUCUUUGGGUCGAAUCCGCGCAUUAAUCCAGAUGUUCUUGCCAAGGCAUUCCAACUGGAUAAGAAGGAAGUUAAAUAUCUUCAAGGACUUUCAUGGUUCCAGAACGCGCCCUAGUUGAUUAAUUGAGGAAAUGUUAUAAGCUACACAACUAGCCUUCAUUUUAAUAAUUUGUUACUUGCGAUUUGUGGCUGGCGGUGAUGAUCUUAUUUUUCUUUCUUUCGCUCUUAUUCGCUCAAAUGGAUAUGUUUGCCUCCUUAUGAUUUGAAUAAAAUGUAACACCCACACCCACAAAAAAUUGUCUUGUCAAUGGUCUAGCAAGGGCGAGGCAGGUAGUUCUACGUCCAUGUUUGUUGUGAUUUGAAGUUGUAAUCUUCAAGUUUGGGUGAAUUCAGUUAUGAAAUUAUGAAAUAACAUGUAAACAAAAAUUGAAGUCCCA